AAGCGGGAGGGGCGUGGUCCUCGGGAGCUGCCGCCGCAGGUCAGGCUGCACGGGCGGGCGGAGGCCAGCGGCAGACUGGAAAGGCACGCGUCCGGUUGCUGCGUUUCUGUCCCGUCAUGGCAACGUCGCCCCUGAAAGUGUGCAUCGUGGGCUCGGGGAACUGGGGUUCUGCUGUUGCAAAAAUAAUUGGUAACAAUGUCAAGAAGCUUCAGAAGUUCUCCUCCACGGUCAAGAUGUGGGUUUUUGAAGAAAUGGUUGACGGGAGAAAACUGACAGACAUCAUAAAUAACGACCACGAAAAUGUGAAAUAUCUCCCUGGACACAAGCUGCCGGACAAUGUGGUUGCCGUCCCGAACCUCCAAGAGGCCGUGCAGGACGCAGACAUGCUGGUGUUCGUCAUCCCCCACCAGUUCAUCCACAGGAUCUGCGACGAGAUAACGGGGAAAGUGCCCAAGAAAGCACGAGGGAUCACGCUCAUCAAGGGCAUAGACGAGGGCCCUCAGGGCCUGAAACUCAUCUCCGACAUCAUCCGAGAGAAGAUGGGCAUUGACAUCAGCGUGCUGAUGGGAGCCAACAUUGCCAACGAGGUAGCCGCGGAGAAGUUCUGUGAGACCACCAUCGGCAGCAAAGUAAUGGAGAAUGGCCUUCUCUUCAAAGAACUCCUGCAGACUCCGAACUUCCGCAUCACGGUGGUUGAGGACGCAGACACGGUUGAGCUCUGUGGAGCUCUGAAGAACAUCGUGGCGGUGGGAGCGGGCUUCUGCGACGGCCUCCACUGCGGAGACAACACCAAAGCCGCCGUCAUCCGCCUGGGGCUCAUGGAGAUGAUCGCCUUCGCCAAGAUCUUCUGCAAGGGCCAGGUGUCCACGGCCACCUUCCUGGAAAGCUGCGGCGUGGCCGACCUCAUCACCACCUGCUACGGGGGCCGGAACCGCAGGGUGGCCGAGGCCUUUGCCCGGACAGGAAAGACCAUUGAAGAGUUGGAAAAGGAGAUGCUGAAUGGGCAGAAGCUCCAAGGACCUCUGACUUCUGCGGAAGUGUACCGCAUCCUCAAGCAGAAGGGGCUGCUGGACAAGUUUCCGUUGUUUACUGCCGUCUAUCAGAUCUGCUAUGAAGGCAGGCCCGUGCAGGAGAUGCUGUCUUGCCUCCAGAGCCACCCAGAGCAUUUGUAAAGUGGACCGUGCAGCACAUCAGGCAGCAUAAAUCACGUUUGGGGUUCACGUGGAAACUGGGACUUGGCAACAAGAGGUUGGCUUGACUGUAAUCCCAUCAUGGAUGAGUAUGAAUUUUUACAGGCUCGUUUCUGAAUUCGAGAAGCAGAUCAUUGGCUAAGAUGCACUGGGCGACAACUAGACGCACAUAUGUGAAUGCAUGAGUGUGUGUGUGUCCAUUUCUCAUUCUGUGGAUGUUUGCAUGCGUGAACCGAAAUGAAAAGUCCUUUUUAAAGAUUA